GGAAGGAAGGGCGUGCAGGAGCACUCGGCUUGAGACGGGGGCGCCGGCGUGGGAACCAGUGUUCGGGGAGAACAUGGAGUCGCUCAGUUGUGGCACCGUCGUCUGCGUGGUCUGCUUGGAGAAACCCAAAUACCGCUGCCCGGCCUGCCGCGUGCCCUACUGCUCAGUGACCUGCUUUCGGAAGCACAAAGAGCAGUGCAACCCUGAAACUCAUCCUGUUGAGAAAAAAAUAGGAUCAGCUGUUCCUGCAAAAACUAUAAGGCCUGUGGAAAACAAAGAUGAUGACGACUGUGUGGCUGAUUUUCUCAAUAGUGAUGAGGAAGAGGACAGAGUUUCUUUGCAGAGUUUAAAGAAUUUAGGGGAAUCUGCAACAUUAAGAAGCUUAUUGCUCAAUCCACACCUCAGACAGCUGAUGAUCAGUCUUGAUCAGGGGGACAACAAAGCAAAGCUCAUGAGAGCCUACAUGCAAGAGCCCUUGUUUGUUGAGUUUGCGGACUGCUGCUUAAGAAUUGUGGAGCCAUCCCAGAAUGAGGAUUCUUAACGUGGAUCAUUAUGCUGCUUGCUCAAACAUGUGCUUGACUCCCAGAACUUGCUGCUCCUUCCCCAGGAAACUAGCAA